CAACAAGAAAAAAUAAUUCAUCAUCAUUAUCAUUAGAACCAACAACACACAGUUCAACAUCAUCAUCACAAGCAACAACGAAUGAUUUAAUAUUAUUAUCACCAACAACAAGAAAAAAUAAUUUAUCAUCAUUGUCAAUAACAUCAGUUAAAAACAAUUCAGUAUUUGUAUCACCAAUAACAAAUUCUGUAGAUCAAACAAUGAUAGACAUAUCUAAAUGUGAUUUAAAUUGUUGUAGUUCUUCUAAAGCAUAUCAUCCACUUAAAGAGGAUGAAUUAGUUUCGGCAACAAUUAAUAAACGAUCCUGUCAGAAGAAAUGGUUUACAGAUUAUCCUUGGUUAACAUUUUGCAAAACGAAGAGGAGAGUUUUUUGUUGUGCAUGUCGCGAAGCAUUUGAACGUGAAAUUCAUCCUACUAAAACAAAACUAUUUCCUCAUCAUGUUACUUUUAUAGUUAAUGGUUAUUGUGAUUGGAAAAAUGCUAUAUCACGAUUUAAGCUUCAUGAAAAAACUAAACUUCACCUGGAUUCAAUUUAUGUUGUUAAUCAGCAAAUGAAACCUAAUAUAGCAAUUCAAUUAACAUCAGCAACUAAAAAACAACAAGAACAACGUCGACAGAGUCUUUCAAUUCAAAUUUCGUGCAUCAUAUAUCUACUUCGACAAGGUCUUGCUCUUAGAGGACAUGACGACGAAAACAGUAAUCUGAUUCAAUUAUUAAAACUUCGAAGUGCUGAUAAUGAAUAUUUAAACGAAUGGAUUAAAAAUAAGAAAUACUUUUCACAUGAUAUUGUUAAUGAAAUUUGCAAAGAAAUCUAUUUAACAAUCAUUCGAGAUAUUGUAAAAGAAAUUUCGAGCAGAAAAUGGUUUUCUUUGAUAUGUGAUGAAACAUGUGAUGAAUCAACAACCGAACAAUUAUGCAUCACCAUUAGAUCCGUUAAUUCUAACUACAAAAUUUUUGAAGAUGUCAUAGGUCUAUAUGAAAUAUCUGCACAAAAUGCUCCAACAAUUGUUGAAGCAAUUUAUGAUGUUAUAACUCGAUGUGGCUUGGACAUGAUUAAUUGUCGUGGUCAAAGUUACGAUGGCGCAUCAAACAUGUCGGGAAUAUACGGUGAUUUAGCUGUACAUGAUUUAACAGAUCAAUGUGCUUCUAUUUGUAACUGCAUGCUUUGUGUAAAAGAUAUUAUUGAUUUUAUACGUCGAUCACCAAAACGUCUUGUUAUUUUAAAAGAAAUAUUUAAUCAAAUAUCGUCGUCUUAUACAAAUCUUACGGCAUUAUGUCCACAUAGAUGGACAAUGCGUGCUGAAUCAUAUGGUUCGUUAUUAAAAACUUAUGAACAAGUUCAAGAAGCCUUGUACACAAUAAGUAAAGAAAAAGGUGGUCCUGGUAUAAAAGCAAAUGGUAAUUUAGUAUUUACAGAUACAGAAAAGCUGUCACGUGCAUUUCAAAGUUCUGAUUGUUACUUACAAGAUGUUUUCUGUGCUGCUGAGGCAAUUAUUUAUCGCUUUCGACGUAUUCAAGAUGAUAUUAAUUUUGAAUUAUUUUAUAAUCAAGUAGUUAAAGAUAGUGAAGGUUUAACAGAAAAACCUAUUCUACCUCGACUUCGACGACCACCUGGACGAUAUGAAUCAAAUACAAUUCUCGUAAAUCAUGCAAGUUGUGAAGAUUUUUAUCAGAAACAAUAUGUUGAAACAUUAGAAAUGAUCAUUAACAUGCUUCAAACUCGAUUCACACAAAAGAAUUUUAAAAUGUUAUGUGAAGUUGAAAAUUUUAUUCUUAAUAUAUCUAAUAAGCCACCUGAUCUUUCCAUUCACUACAUUAAAACAAUUAUAGAUUUUUGUUAUGAUGAUAUUGAUAUUGAAAGAUUAAAAUCUGAAGCAGUUAUGAUUUCAGAUUUUUUUAAAGUUGUUAUUAACACAAAUCAAAUGAAAAUAAAACGAAUUACCAAAAUUUCUACAGUUUGUGAAAUUUUAAAUAUCUGUGAAAUUGGGAAACAAAUGUUUCGAGAAUUUGAUAAAUUGAUUCGACUUUAUUUAACUAUUCCAGUAACUACUGCAACUUCUGAAAGAGCAUUUAGUGUAUUAAAUCGAGUGAAAAGUACACUUCGAAGUACUAUGACUCAAUCACGUCUUAAUCAUUUAUUAUUGGCACAUAUUUAUAAAGAAAAACUUGAUGAAAUAGAUCCAAAUCAAAUCAUGUCAACAUUUAUAUCAUCAAAUGAACAGAGACAGGCAUUUUUUGGACUGAUGCUUUAA